UUGAUUAGUAAGCGAACGUUGUCCAGCAAAUUGACUUUGCCAUUGACCAUUUGCAAGGUCUCAUGAUGGCGUCGCUGUUCCGCAUAACGUCGAACAACAUAUUCAAGCCAUCCUCGUCACGGUCUUUCGCGACAGCGGUAUCAAAGCAACCAGCUUCUAAAUCAGAACCAAACACCCACUUCAAAAUCACUCUCCGCCGCUCCGCCAUUGCACUAGGCGAACGGAAGAAGGAAACCCUGGUAGCGCUUGGUCUGCAUAGACGUAUGCAGACUGUGUUUCAUGUGCACAGCCCAGAGGCUGCAGGAAAAAUUCUCAAAGUGAAGGAAUUAGUCGAGGUUGAGAAUGUACCAGCAAAGGCCGUACGCUCUCAGUCAGAGCAGAGGAAGGAGAGGAAGGCAUCGAGAGGGUACCAGGUGCAGGGGUCAAAGCUUGGAGGACUUGCAUGGGAAGCUUCACGAUGAGACCACAUCAUCCCAUUGGCUGGAAGUCUUUUUCUUCUCAUCACCUUGUCUAUUACCAGCUUUCCCUUAGUUGCAUGCCUGCCAGCUAAACGAUGGGGCCUUUGUCGUUAUUUGAAGAUUCAAUAACCUUUCCAGGUGGUGCCUGUAUUCGCUCCCUGCCCACCACGCUCGGCUUUGAUUCACCCAUCGGAAUGAUGAAACCCAUGGUGCGGCUUUCAUAUUU